AUGUCAGAAUGGUGUAAGGAGAACGAAGAGAGAAUUCCCGUCGCAAUUGACCCAUCAAAGUAUUCUCACAGGCUUGACUUGAAGGGCUGCAUCAAGCCUGCAAGCAGGACCAGAUCUGUUCUGCUGAUUUUGAACCAAAAGAUCAACAUACCGUCAGUUUUUUUGAAGUUAUGGGGACUUUUCAAGCUGAAGGUAUGCGCCGAUGGAGGUGCAAAUCGCCUGUACGACUUUUUCGAUGGUAAUGAACCAGCUAGAGCAUAUUACUUGCCUGAUUAUAUUAUCGGUGAUUUUGAUUCUCUUAAGCCAGAAGUUGAGCAAUAUUACAGAAAUGCAGGGGUUAUAUUGAUUAAACAGAGAAGCCAGUUUUCGACCGAUUUCACCAAGGCUUUGCAUCUGAUUUCGAUUCACUUCAACGAUGCAAGCUUCGUAUCGCAAAUAUCACAGUCAAAGCAAGAGAACCAUUCAAUUGAGAUAAAUUCUGGGAUACACGAUUGGUACUAUCGUAUCCUGGGUUCAAGUGGUCACCGUGAAUCGGAGAAAAUCAGCCUGCUGGCUAUAGGCGCCAUUGACGGUCGCUUUGAUCAGACGAUGCACUCCAUCACGCAGCUUUAUAAGCUGUCAUCUUCAGCGAGCCAAUUUAGGCUAAGCUAUCUGAGUGCCACCGAUUUGAUCUUUUUUGUUCCCUCUGGUGGUGUUCUACUCGAGUAUACAGCGGACUUUAGAGAAAAGUGUAUCGGGAACUGUGGGUUAUUGCCAUUGAACGGACCCACCGAGAUUUAUGAGACCGCGGGCCUGAAAUGGGACGUAGGACUCUGGGAAACCAGUGUGGCCAGUGGCAAACUCAGUAGCAGUAACAGAUUUGCUGGCAUCGACAAAUGUUACAUCAAUGUAAAAGACGGUAUUGUCAUGAACGUUGAGGUUUAUAUUGAUAGACUAGCAGAGUACAUAUGA